AUGUCUUUGUGGAGUACCUACCGAUCCCUCACACCCAAAACACGGGCCCUCUUCGGCGUCGGUGUGAUGGCCUGGGCAACGAUCGGCCUCUGGACGACGCCGCAGGUCGAAAGUGCCCUGGGCAUGCAAGCGUCCAAGGCGGAACAGGAAGCGCUGGAUCGACAGCUCGCUGUGCAGAUUUCGCGGGUUGGAGGGGAGGAGAAGAAUGAUGGUGCGCACUGA